AUUAAAUAUAGGACGGAGGGAGUACUAAAUAAAAAUCUACCAAGUAAUUACAAAUCUCCCAUAAAACAUAAAGAUUUUGUCAAUUCCCUUCACCCAUCCUAAUCGAUCUGCAAGACUCCUGCGCUCAUUCAUCCUUCGUCGUCUCCUACUCUCCUUCGUGCUUGAAUCGAUCUGCAAAGCACAGGUUUCCCGCAAUAUGGCCCAAUUCAUUGAAAUUGCUCACCAAGAACUCGGCCCCUCCAAGAUCAGGAGCUCUGAACUCGCUCUCAUGCGCGAUCUCUUGGGAGUGCCUUUCAAAAUCCAUCAUCCGGAAGCUUUCGGCGGGAUUUCACUUACCCACAAUCCGGCGCCAGAACGUUUUAUGUUCGAGAUAGCCAUUGUGAAUGGGCAAGGGUUGUUUGUAAAAAAUCUAGCAGGGUGCUUUGACGAAGUUCAAGAGGCCGGUACUUAGUGAAUUCAGAAAUCCUUAAAGAGGAGUCUUAAGGUUCUAGAGUAGAGAGUUUUCGAGCUAGUAUAAAAUGGUUUGUCAUUU